UUUCAUUACUCACUGCUAUUUCAUUUUCAUUGAGUUGCUUCCUAUUGAGAGUAAUGAUGCUUUGAACGAAGUCCAUCUAAGUGACCAAAGUUUAUUAUUUUAUCUUAAUUUUUUUUUUUUACUCUUAACGAGCACGCAUGUUUUAAGAUCAAAAUAUAUCUGUAGAGGAGAAUUGAAAACAAAGCCGAAGAAAUAUAACUGAUAAAACAUGUCUAAGCUCUAAUUCGAAAGGCUUGCCAUUUCAAUAUUAAUAUUGUGCUAACACUAACAGUAUGAUGUAGCAUAGCAUAUCUGUAACGUUUGAAGAUACUUUUUGAUCUUCCAAUCCCCGUUUUAAAGUGGUGUGCACUUACUUUGCAUGCCUUGAUUUGAAAAUUCAAAAUUAACGACUUUAGUUACGUUUUCUUUAGUUAGUAAGAUAUUAAGAAUAUUAAUUUUUAUAAUUUGCCAUUAAUAUUUUGUCUGUUACUGUGUUAGGGUAGGCCUACAAUUUAAUAUAAUUAUAAAUCAUAAAUAUAAUGGUUGUAGCAAAAGUUACCACAAGUUUGAGAGCUACAAUAUUGACUAAGGUAAAGAUAAAACGUGAAUAUGAAGUCAGUAAAUCGAUGAUCAAAUACAAAUGCUUAAUAUUGAUAAAAUAAGCUUUAAAAAAUAUUUCUUUACUGUUUACAUAACAUAUGAACAACAAGAGACUAUAGCAUAUGAUCAUUUAAAUUUUAAGAUUUCUGGUACACCCAUUUUCCAUAAAAGUGAAAAUUUAUACUGAUGAACAGAAUGUAUAAUCUCAAGAUUCACACUGUGUCAUUGGAGUAAAUCAGAUGUGGAAACAGAAAAGUGAUGCACCAACAGCAAGCCCACCAUCCCUCUGUUUACCAGUGUAAACUUGUAAAAUUUAAAUGAGCAUUACUGAAUCAUGAUGGAAGAAUGGAAGGAGACAGAAUGUUCUUUGGAAAGAAAGCAUAUUGCAUGUACUUCUUGUUUGUCAGCAUAUGUUAAAAAACUUCUUUGUGAAGCUUGCAUUACUAAUCAGUUCUUUGAUGCUUUUACUUCAUACUACACAUUAGAACAGAACCAUAUGAAAAUGGUACUUCCAACUUUAAAUGAUGGUGAUUUCACUGAAGUGUGGUUUCAAGAUGCCGUUCACAAAAUUUCACCUGUCCUAAAUCACGUACAUUUUGUAUACAGUCAAAUUCCGUUUUGUGAUAUAGACAUGUGGAUAGAGUGGACACAUUACAAAAAAGUUUUUCUUGAGUGCUUUAAGCUUCUCAGAGACUCAGAAAGUAGCUGCUCAGUACCUCUAGCACUGUUAAUACUUACUGCUUACCUUGAGAGGGCUCUUGGAAAUGUGCUGCUUUUAAAACAGAAUCAAGUACCUGCCAUGUUGAAAGAUUUAUUGGCCACUGAGGAGCUGAAAAAUAUUUUUGGACAUGAAAGUAUACUUUUCCUUCAGAUCCUAAUGGGACCUCCUAUUUCUCUUAACUUGCGAAACAUUCUUUGGCAUGGUUUUGUAGCACCAUCUGAGGUCAGUUCAAGGCAUGGGUACAUCUUAUUGGCUAUUGUCCGAAGCUUUGGAGAAAAACUAGAAAAGUUGGGAUUAAAACCUGAGCACAUACCUUGUCGUUCGUGGUUGUCUUUUCAACAGACUGAAACUUGGAUAAAUUGCUUUCCUGAAAUUACAGAUUCCUGCAUGAGAAUUGCAGAGGAGAUUUUCAGAAAAACUACUGCAUUGUUGCCCCAAAUGCUACCCUACUGGAAAGAAGUAUUGUCUUGUUUCAGAAAUCAGAAAUAUGGCCAAUGCUUGGUAAUUCUUUUGCCUCAGAUUGAAAACUGUUUAAGAAAUAUAUUUGUUGCUGCAAAUGAUUGUCCUGAAAGAAUUGUGACAGCAGAGGCAACAAUGCUGUAUACAACAUUUGAUGAGAUAUUUUCUGAGUUUGUUCACGAGAAAACAAAUAAAAUCAGAAAUGUACUUGGAGAUACGUACAUUGAACUUCUCUUGGAUUUACUGGUGUACCCCGAGGGACCAAGAGUAAGGGACAGACUAAGCCAUGGAGAAGUCUUGCUUGAAGACAUUCCACACCACUUAGUUAAUCAUGUUCUGAACAUAUCAGUUGCUAUCUGUUGUAAGUUUGUUUGCCCAUCCACUGGAAUUCUGCAAGAGAUCUAUGUUAAGGAUGUGAUAACAGCUGCUUCCACCUACAAACCACACUUUCACCCACUUAGUAUUUUAAAGAGAAAGCUCCUUCAGGCAAUCAACAAGGUGAUGAAAUGGAAGGAUUGCCCUAUAACUGAUUUAAAUGAUCCACCUGAUAGUGGUGAAACAACAGACAAAUCUAUCGAUGUAACACACCUCAUUCAGGCUAUAUGCAAGUUGUAUAAUGUUGACAAUGAUUUGAAAAAGAAUCUUGUACACUGUGAUUUUCAAAUGUUGUCCAAUAUGUUAAAAAAGCUUCACCCAGAAACCUUGUACAGACCAAAAUAUGAAGGUGAAAUUACAACGUUACUUCGGCAGAUUGUAAGCCACAUUAUCAUUGUUGCUGACCAAGUGUCAGAUGGACUUCAGACUCGUUAUUAUCAAUGGUGUAAGAAAGAGAUGCGUUCUCGGCAAAGAUUGACUUAUUCACGAUUGUUAUGCAGUGUUCCUGUUUUAACAAGAUCACUCCAAGUAGUGUUCAUGACAAUAUUAGUGAAUUUUAUGUACGUUAAUAAAUUAAGUUCGUUAGAGAAAAAAACUCAACAUCAUCUUACAAGGCUACUAAAGUCCAUCCUGAAGUACACAGAGAAUCUGGAGAUAAUGACAAAUGCAACCAAAAAUCGUUGGGAGGAAUGUUGUUGUUUGAGCAAAGAACUUCUGGAAUUCAUCAGUUACUUUAGUCAAAAACAAAGUUUUUAUAAAUAGACUAAUAUUUUAUAAGAAGUAUUUAAAACUGUGUUAGUUAAAUAUUAAAAUUACUGUUGAAAGCUUAAUUCCAAUUAAUAUUCAUUGACAAAUAGCAUAAUUCAUAUCAAUUUCAAAUAUCUGAUGUUUUUAGUUCUGACAAGGAAUUUUUAUUUGAUGUAAAGUUAAUAGAAAUCUUGUUACUCUGCACCAAUGUAUGAAUAUUAAGUUUUCUUUGGUGUUUUAGGUUUGAAGCAUAAAUUAAAGUGAACUCAUAAACCUUUUUCUUUUCAACAUUACUUUGGUGUUCUUUUAAUUCAUAUUCAUUAGUUUCUAAUAGUUUAGUUGAUAUAGAUUUUUAGCACAUGAACACCUGAAUCUUGUAAUCACCACAUUUAUUGAAAACAGUCAAUGGGUCUUUAACUGAUGGUAAAACAUCUUUGAAUUGUUAAGGUGGUAAAUAAAUUAUUUUAUUUGAACAUA